UUGCAGCGGGGCGUGCAUACUUCACCGCCCAUAAGAAAGGACAGAGUAGAUUAUUUGUUUUUGUCAUACACACGAACUAAUACGGUGCAGCGUACUCCACCACCAACAACACCUCCGACACAGAGGCUAAAAUAUUCGUCAAAUCGAAAACUACCCGAAACGUGUGGCGCUGAUGAUAAUACUUUUGUGAGUCUCCGAAAACGCAAGCAGCCUGAUGAUAUAAAUGUUAAGGCGGUACUAGAGUUCGUUGAGCAAAAAAUUAAUGAUCAGCUCAGCUCAUGGAAAUUACAGUUGGACAUCACCAUUGCCGAAAGUAUCAGAAAUUCAAUCGAUACAGUUAUUGAUAGAGAGCUGAAGAAAAUAUCAGCGACUAUAAGUAACUCAUUUAAUGAGUUAGGAGAUAUAUUGGAUACAAUCAACAAAUCCUUAUCUUAUACGAUGGAAAGGCAGGAUAGUAUUGAAACGCGUCUGACACAGGUAGAAAGCCAGCUGAGAUCGAGCGAUGAUGUAACCAGCCAGGUUAACCUAUUACAAGAUAAAAUUGAUGCAAUGGAGCAACAGGCACGGCUUUAUAACGUUGAGAUUACUAACUUACCAGAACGACGUGAUGAAAACCUUCUAUCUAUUAUUGAGAAGAUUGGUUGUGUCAUCAAACACCCUGGCAGCAAAUCGGACAUUGUAUCAGCCCAUAGAGUGCCACACUUUGAUAAAAAGUGUUCGCGUCCAAAAAAUGUUGUUAUAAAAUUUACAACGAAAAUAAGGCUGCUACUGCAUAUAGUUUAA